GAAGGAGCUAGAAUCUCAUUCGAUCAAGCCUUAUUCAAUACAGUUUCUGGCAGUAUAGCGGAGCGUCGUGCUACAAAACUUAAUCUUAGCUACUAUGUGGUCGACGAGGCUUCGGGUCCUAGCACUGCUGCUGCUUGGAUUACUAGGCGUGUGUGUUAGUGCCCAAAAUGCGACAACUGGACCGAAGGUUCUGUGCUACUAUGCAGGCGGCAACACCAUCAAGGAAGGCCUAGCAAAAGUGACCGUGUCCGACAUUGAGCUGGCCCUGCCCUUCUGUACCCAUUUGAUUUAUGGCUACGCCGGUGUUGACGCUGCAACGUAUCGCACGCGCCCUAAUAUUGGUAGCCUUGACUUGGACGAAGGCCAAGGACAGUACCGCUACUACAUAUUGUGA